AUGAUAGAACGAGGAUUGAUCCCCCCAACAGCAAAGAUUACCUUCAGGAAUCCACCCAUUAGGCCCAAAGCAGCUCCUCUGCACAGUUUUGAUGAAUCGCAUAAGAUUCCAAUCUCUGCCCCCUUCUAUGAACCUCAGAAACCACCGCCGGCUCCAGCAGAAGUAGAGGUGUCUCACAAGAAACAAAAAUUAAAGGUGAAAGGCAGAAGGUCAAAAGGACAUCUUGAUAAGAAGGGCAUGAAAGUCACCCCACCUUCUAAAGGUCAGAAAUUACCAUGGGAUUAUGACCUUUGUAUUUAUGAUGGCUUCAUAGACAAGACAGCCCCAGACUUCAUAGCAUUCAAAGAGCAUUUUAACUUAGCUUGGGGGAGUAUUUUUUCUCUCUUGGAACAUAUCGAGAAGUUUCUCAGGGACUAUGCAAUACCAGAAGUCAAAAUCAAAGGGAAGAACUUGCUGGCCCUCCUUCCAGAGUUUGAGCUGAAUAAUAAACUUACCCGAUACAACCUGCUCUCACUGCUGGAGAACCCAGUUCACGUCCAAAUGCUGUUAAAUCGCCCAGGACAGAGGUUCAAGGGCCAAGGUGGGAAGGCAGAAGCUGCCGUCAAGAUCCAAGCUACAUGGAAAUGCUACAAAGCAAGAAAAUACUUCCUUGUUUACCGUCAGCAGAAGUGGGCGUCGGGUGUGAUCGCCCUUGCUUGGCUUUUACGUUGCCAUAAGACCCGAGUGAAGAAGAUCCUGAAGGAAUCGCGGCAGAGACACCUGGAGAAUUUCCGAAUGCGAGCCAAGCAUCUGGCAGCCAACUGGAAUCGCAUCAGGACCUCCAGGAGGACGAUUAUCCAUAUCCCAUCAUUAGGUAUAACACUUUUGCCUGCAAAUCUAUCAGCAACCUCUAUUACCCACCACAUUAUGGCUCCUUGA